UCUCUACACAACAAAUCAGAAUUCAAAUUUUAUUUUUGGAGUUUUUUUUGCAAUUUUACCAGAAAACAAACAACAAAUGGGUCUCUGUGUAUCUGUUAAUCGAAACGACUGCGAUUCUUCGUCGACGACGGCUAAAAUCGUCACCAUCAACGGCGAUCUCCGUGAAUACGAUGUGCCGGUGUUAGCCUCUCAGGUCCUGGAAUCUGAAUCGACGGCUUCUUCUUCGUCUCGAUCUUCUUCUUUUUUUCUAUGUAAUUCCGAUUCUCUCUCCUACGACGAUUUCAUCCCGGCGAUCGGAUCCGACGAGAUUCUUCAAGCCGAUCAGAUCUAUUUCGUCCUUCCCAUCUCUAAACGCCAGUACCGUCUCUCCGCCUCGGACAUGGCGGCUCUCGCCGUGAAAGCAAGCGUCGCGAUGGAGAAAGCCGCGGGGAAGAAUAACCGCCGUCGUAAGAGCGGGAGGAUCUCUCCUGUCGUGACGCUGAAUCAGCCCAACAGAAUCGGAGCCGGCGAAACGAUGGCGAUGGGAAAGGGUAAACAGCUGGACAACAAAACGGCGCCGUUUAAAGCUGGAAACGGUUAUUCCCGGUCUGAUUCGGUUCGGAAACUGAAAAGAUAUACUUCUGGGAGAGCUAAAUUGGCGGUUCGAUCGUUUAGACUGAGACUUGCUACUAUAUACGAAGGAUCUGUCGACGUUUAGAUAUCACAUCAUCAUAAUCACCCAAACUCGAAUAAACGAUAUGUACAAGUGUAUUACUUUCAGUUACAUUUUUUUGUUCUUGUCGUCGUUACUGAAAUGAUCGAUUGUGUAAUGUUACAUAUGAAAAUAGUCUGUAAAUUACAGCUUUUGUGAUAAAAGUAAUCUCCCAUUUUGUUAUGUCAUUUUAUGUAAUUAUCCUUUUAUGUACCACCAAUAAUUAAAAUCAAGUGUCAAUCA